AUAGGGACGACUGGGAGGAUUCAGUCGAAUGAACGAUGGAAAUUCUAGUUUGAGAUCGCAACUGAUAUGGCGAAAAGGAUGAAGGCUGGUAGCGUUAGGGAUGGUAUCAAUGAAUUGCCUGAUGAGAUUCUUCUGCAUAUUAUCUCUUUCCUUCCCAUGAAAGAUGCAGUUCGAACCUCUGUUUUGUCGACACGGUGGAGGUAUCUUUAUGCUUCAAUUCCUAAUCUUGACUUCGAUAUCCGAACACCUUCGAUGAUGAAUCAUAUGGGUUUCAUGGAUUUUGUCGAUAGACUCCUGAUUUUGCAUGGGAAAUCGCCUGUCGGUAGAUUUAGUCUCGGAUGCCCACGUUCGACAGCCCUUGACCCUUUGCGCGUUCUAAGCUGGAUACGUGCUGUAACCAGGGCUGGUAUUCAACAGAUACACCUUCACGUUAAGGGGUUGAGGAGGUUGGAUGGCAUCGGGUUGCCGACUAGUUUAUUUACUUGUACCACAUUGGUGUCUCUGAAAUUGAAUUUUCACUCUAAGACUGGUAUACUAAUCCCUGCCAAAGUCUAUCUCCCAAGUCUCAAGAUUCUCCAGCUUGAAAAUUCUGUUGACUUCUCCAAUGAUGAGUCUGCUGAAAGGCUGAUUUCUAACUGCCCUGUUCUCGAGGAUUUGUUUUUUAGAAGUUAUUUUCGAGGGGAUGGUAUCUGCAAAUUAAGUGUCUCUAAUUCUACACUCAAGAGACUGACAAUAAAAUCCGUAGCCUAUUUCCUCCAGUAUAGCAGUCUUGAGAUUGUGAUUGAUGCCCCGAAUCUUGUCUACUUUAGAUACAGUGGCUGUGAGGCAAACUCUCAUGUAUUUGUGAAUGUGCAGUCUCUUGCUGGGGCUUAUAUAUAUUUUCAGAGAUAUUUUGAUGAUUCGAGUUAUCUUCACUCUGCCACUGAUCUGCUGACAGGGAUAAGCAACAUUCGGACACUGUGUUUAUCUUGUAGUACUCUAUUUCAUUUUAAAGACACUGAUGUUCCAAUCCCUUUGUUCCGUAAUUUGACCAGUUUGAGAAUUUCCUAUUGCUUACCUUUGGGGAUGCAAGGACUACCAAAUCUUCUUGCACGAUGUGAUUUUCUAGAAAUUCUUGUUUUGGAGUUGUAUACAGAUCAUCAACCGGUUAUAGAUGAACUGCCUUUUUGGGAUCCUGAUCCCUGGUAUGAGCUCAAGGAAUCUGAACCCAGUUGUUUAUUGUUUGGUCUCAAGACAAUUGAAGUUGUAUCAUUUGUUGGGGAUGAAGAUCAAAUGAAAAUGGUUGGGUAUUUUCUGGAAAGUGCUACAGUUCUAGAGAACAUGAAAAUUCAAAUUCAGGCAAACUUGGGAGAACAAUUUAUGAUAACAGAAGAGUUAUUGAUGCUACCAAAAGUCUCAGAGAAAUGCAGAGUUAUUAUUAUCUAGGUAUCUCCAUCUUUCUCAUAUGUCUAAUUACCGAGGUUGUUUCAGUUUAUUUCAAUUUUUAUUAUCAUGAGGGCAAUAUCCUUGUCAAAUUCUAAUUUCUGUUUGUCCCACAAAAUACAAAUUUUAUGAUUUUCUGGCCAGACACCUAGCAUUAGUCCCUUCUCAAUCCUUUUUGCCGAGAUACUUGCACUAUGGGCUGCUGUUGGUAGGGCAGCUAGUUGGCACAUGGAGAAGGUUAUUUUGGAGCCUGACAACAAGGAAUUGGAUGUACCGUGGGAAAUUCAUCCCCUGAUACAUUGACUUUUGGUCGUUUUGUUGUGUUUUUGUUUCAUGUUGCUUUUUCUAUGUUUCUUUCUUGGGGAGGUGUCAAUCUGGCUGCUGACUGGGUAGCAAAAAAUGUCUUACAGGAUAAAUUUCUUUCUACUGCCUUGAAGAAGGCUACAUUUUGUAAAGAUGUUGAAUCAGCAAAUGGAUUUCAAUUUCUGUUAAAAAGAAAAGUCUAACUAGCUAGAUUUUUUUUUUUUUUUUCUGAAAUAUGGAAUUUAUAUUGUAUAUUAUAAGGAGAAUUUACAUUAAGUAUUCAUGCUAUCUACAUGAAGCAAAAAGGAAAGUAAGUUAGGCGGUCUGUGUGCCCAGUACCAUGGGCAUUUGCCCUUCAGUGAUGAUUUGGCCACCCAAUCUGCUACUCUAUUUCCUUCUCGUGGCACAUAAUUGAAGAGAAAGUCAGGAUGACAGGAGCAUCCUUGUCUGAUGUUUAUAAUAACAGUUUUAACUUCCCAUGGAAGAAGUUUUUCAUGCUGUUGUAUAUAAGAAAUUAGUGCCUGGUUA